UCCUAAAUUGAGAAAUAGUACAGCUAUUGCCCACCCAUGGCACAAAAGGGAGGGAGCCUGGGAAGAAAUACUCCAACCUCUCCUCCUACUUUCUAGUCUCCCUAUGUGCCUCCCAUGGGCUCAACCCAACCAGAAGUCCAAAGGCAUGUAGCCUAGGGAGGAAGUCCAUGGAGCAGGGCACAGAACAGGGAGCAGGAGGAAACGGCAGGAGAGAUCUGGAAGUUAUUCUGUUCAACAACCCAAUGAGUCUAUUAGUUCCAAUGUCUCAUUCUUUUACCCAGCAAAUGUUCAUGGAUUACCCCGUAUCUACCAGACACCAUGCUAGGCUCUAGAGACAGCAAUAACUAUAUAGAACUUGACCCCGCCAUCAAGGCAAAAUCCAAACAAAUAAUCAUGGAAAUAUAAUUACCAAUUGGGAUAUGUUCUAUGAAAGAAAAAAUAAGGACAGUGAAAGAUGUAAAGAAAGGUCUGGUUCUGCUUUGGACACUGAAGAAGGCAUCUUUGAGGAUGUGACAUUGACGGGGAGCCCUGAGGGACAACUGACUUAAGCGGGGAAAGAGUGAGGGUUAUGCAUUGCAGGAAGAAACAGAAAUGCAACGACCCCGAGAUGGACACUUCCAAGAGAGACAGCACAUGACCGGCAUGCGUGGAGUUCAGUGAGCGAGACUCAACAUGAGGAAGGGGAGAGGAGCAAGGUCCAGUGCCCUAAGGGCCACGGUUCGAAGCACGCAGGUGCACAGCCCUGUGGAGCCGUCCCUUCCUCUCCGCCCAGGAGUCCAAAGGAGAGGGCUGGGUAUAAAAGCCACAGGCAACCCACCGGGCUGUGAGAGGAGGCUCGGGCCCUGCACAAUGCUGCCUUCAUGGAUCGUCGGCCUUCUCCUGCUGGCCUCAGUCAGAGGAAAGGAGAUCUGUUAUGAACAUCUUGGCUGCUUUUCUAAUGAAAAGCCAUGGUGCGGGACCCUUCAGCGGCCUUUGACGUUAUUUCCCUGGGAUCCCAAGAGCAUCAACACCCGCUUUCUCCUGUACACAAAUGAAAAUCCGAACAACUUCCAACUGAUCACUGCCAGUAAUCUAUCCACGGUCGAGGCUUCCAACUUCCAACUGGACCGCAAGACACGCUUCAUCAUCCACGGCUUCAAUGACAAGGCGGAAGAGAGCUGGCCUUCUGACAUGUGCAAGAAUAUGUUUAAAGUGGAGAAGGUGAACUGCAUCUGUGUGGACUGGGAAAGUGGGGCAAGGGCACUAUAUUCCCAAGCCGUCCAGAACACUCGCGUGGUGGGAGCAGAGAUAGCUUUCUUCAUACAAAAUCUGUUGACCCUGCUGGGCUACAGCCCCGAGGACGUGCACCUCAUCGGCCACAGCCUGGGCGCGCACGUGGCCGGCGAGGCGGGCAGGAGGCUGGGCGGCCACGUGGGCAGGAUCACAGGACUGGACCCCGCACAGCCAUGCUUCCAGGACACGCCUGAGGAAGUUCGGCUGGACCCAUCUGAUGCCAUGUUUGUGGAUGUGAUUCACACGGAUUCUUCUCCCUUCAUCCCUUUCCUGGGUUUGGGAAUGAGCCAGAAGGUGGGCCAUCUGGAUUUCUAUCCAAAUGGAGGCAAGCACAUGGCCGGAUGUCAGAAAAAUAGGCUUUCAACUAUCAUUGACAUGGAUGGCAUAUGGAACGGAGCCGUAGAGUCUGUGGCUUGUAAUCACCUAAGAAGCUUAAAGUAUUACUCAAGCAGCAUCCUCCACCCCGAUGGCUUCCUGGGUUACCCGUGUGACUCCUACAAUGAGUUUGAGGAGAAUGGCUGUUUCCCUUGUCCAGCUGAAGGAUGUCCCCAAAUGGGGCACUAUGCUGACCAAUUUCAGGGGAAAACCAAUGCUGUGGGACAAACCUUUUUCCUGAACACAGGAGACAGUGGUAACUACACUUGUUGGAGGUACAGGGUAUCGGUCACACUGGCUGGAGAAAAAACCAGGGGGUACUUCAGGAUUGCUUUGUAUGGAAGUAAUGGAAACUCAAAACAAUAUGAAAUUUUCAGAGGAUCCCUCCAACCACAGGCAACUCAUACACGUGACAUUGAUGUGGACCUCAACGUUGGAAAAGUCCAGAAGGUUAAAUUCCUCUGGUACAACCAUUUGAUAAAUCUUUUCCAGCCUAAGCUGGGGGCUUCGCAAAUCACAGUGCAGAGUGGUGAAAAUGGAAAUGAGUAUACUUUCUGUAGCAGUGACACGGUCGAAGAAGAUGUUUUACAAUCUCUUUACCCUUGUUAAAAAUGUGGGCCUCGGGGCGCCUGGGUGGCACAGCGGUUAAGCGUCUGCCUUCGGCUCAGGGCGUGAUCCCGGCGUUAUGGGAUCGAGCCCCACAUCAGUCUCCUCCACUAUGAGCCUGCUUCUUCCUCUCCCACUCCCGCUGCUUGUGUUCCCUC